UGCUACAAACACUGACACAAAGAGAAAUGGUGCUGUUCAUUGCAGAUGCUCGCAUCACCUUUGACAGCUUUCGCAAUUGUAUGAUAGCAACAGCGACCUCAAAGACAAUCAUUACUCUCAACCCUGAUACAGCAGAAGCCAACCAACUGUGCACAUGUAUAAGGGAACUGCUAGAAGCAGGAGGACUGGAUGACCAAGACAUCCUCUCAGGUGACAGUGUGCAAUUGGAUUCCAUUAGUGAUGUUCUGACUGUGAACCAGCUUAAAGCUAGAAGUCAAGAACAUGCUGAUGUCUUUCAUUGCAUAACAUAUGUAUUCAUCACAAAUCUUGAACUAAGUUCCUCCAUCUCCAAAGUCAUACGCAAGAGAUGUGCCAAAUGCAAAUUUCGAAUCAAUGAGGAGAGUCAGAAAUGUUCCAAUGAUGCCUGUCCAAAUCAAGGACAACAGCUCCAGGCUCCUGAAGGCUUUGAUCUGCUGGUGGGCAUCAGCGAUCACACUGGGACUUUGCAGUCUUGCAACCUGGCAGGAACAGUGGCUGAGAAAACCCUGGGCUGUAAAACAGAAGAGUUUUUGUGUCUGUCGGAGUGUCAAAGGACAACUCUGCAGUGGAAGUUUCUUCUGGAGAGAUGCAAAAUCUAUCUAAAGGUUCUUCCAUCUACUAGAAGCAGAAGUGGAAUGAGGGCAAGCAUUUUGUCAUGUGCACUCGCUGACCCCGUUGAAGUGAAGCAAAACCUUGCCUCCUUUGUGGCUUGAUGCUGUUUUGCAAUACAGCAACUAAACAGCAUGGUUCCUCAUGUGAAAACAAAUAAAAUG